AGAGAAAACUUAUUAACGAAAUUAAAAAAAGAAAAAAAAAAUUGGAUAAAUGGAUAGGAACGAGGAUGGAUAAAAAAAAAAAAAAAAAGAAGGAAGUCAUCAUAGACAGAAGAAAUUUCUUUGAUAGCAAAGGGAAAAGAGAAUGAGAGAGUUGGAUAAACGGAUAAAUAGAUAGAUGGAUAGAUAGACAGAGAGAGAGAGAGAGAUAAAAAGAGAAAGAGAGAGAGAGAGAGAGAGAGAGAAAGAAGGAGUAGAGGUAAAGGAAAGGAUAACGCACGCGCAGAAAAUAUGUAUAGCCGGGGCGAUGUCUAGAGCGUCGCGAGGCGUCGUGACGUCUCUUCAUUCGGCGUCCGCGCGUGAAGCAAGACACCCCGUGAAAAUUCUGAACGAACGCGACGCGACCCGACUCGAUCGCGAUUUCGAUCGAUCCUCAAGUGAUUAUACGACUCAUCGAUUAUCUACAAUCUUAUUUUUACAUCGAAACGUAAAAUUGAUUUUUCGAAAGAAAGAAAAAAAGAAAAGAAAAGAGAGAGAAAAAGAAACGAACGAAAAGAAAAGAAGACCGAGAAAAGGACUAGGACGAGGAGAUAUUUAUUGAGUGAAUUUAAACUUGAAAUUUAUCUUCUUCUUUAUCUUUUAUUUUUUUAUUAGUUUCUCGUUCGUAUUAAAAAUAUAUAUUUAUAUAUAAAUUUUUUUUUGUUUAUAUAUAUAUAUAUGUAUAUAUACGUAUAUCAAAAUCUGUUCGUCGUUUUAUUAAAGAGAGAAAGGGAAAUUCGUCUUCCCGCGCUUUUUUAAUUCGAAGGAAGCUUGAAAAUUUUUUAACCAUCAAAAUAUGUCGUGAAACGCGAAGAAAAAGAAAGAAACAAAGAAAGAAAUAUAUCUUACGUUCUGACGAUCGAGUGUUAAGAGGAUUAGAAUCGAAAAAAAAAGAAGAAGAAGAAGAGAAAAAAGGAACAAGAAUUUAUUUCGUGCUUUUACUGCACUUUACUUCGUUUUUUAUCCUUAUCUUUUACUCUUCUUUUACCAUCUUUCCUUUUUCAUAUUUUCUUCUCAAUUGGAUUUAAUAAAAGUGAACAUAAAAGAGAAAGAGAGAGAGAAGAAAGACAUCAUGAAGAAUUUAAAAUCAAGGAGAGAGAAAGAGAGAGACAAAUUCUCUUUGUUUCUAAUCACUAGGUAAACUGUGAACUAACGUGUCUAAAAAACGUGUUAAGAGUAAUCAAAACGGUAUAAGAAGAAGAAGAAGAAAAAGGAAGAAAAGGAAGAAAAAAAGAAAAGAAGAAGAAGAAAAGAAAAAAGAAGCAAAAACUACGACGGUAAUGAUCGAACCCGUAAAACUUUUCGUUAAAUUCCCUUUGAAUAACAAAAACAGAAACGCGAUCGAGAAAACGUUAGUCGAGGUUUCACGGUAUCCUAGGAUCAUUCGUCAAAGGUUGCUUGAGUCGUACCGAUUGAAAGAAACUACGAAAGAAUUAAAGAGUAAAGCGAUCUCGCGGGGUUUCGAACUAUACGACGAGGAAAAGUACAAAAGGAGGAAGAAAAAGAAAACGACGGAUCGUAGACGACGGUCGUAGAAAAUAAAAAACGAAAAUAGAAAAAGAAAGAAAGAUAAAAGAUCAAUCUAUAAUCCUGGAGAAAUUCGAAAUUCGUUUUUUCGUAGAAAAAUUUUUGAUAUUGAAAAUCUAAUUUUGAAAAAUGAAUUCCAACGUUUCGAACGUAUCGUCGUUGUUGGAUUAUGAGAGAGGUUACGAGUGUGGUAAAAAAUGGGAUUCGUUUCGUUCGAAUUAUGCACAGAUACAUGGUUGGGCAAGCCUAUUCGUUUGCAUAUUUGGUUGCAUAGCGAACAGUUUGAACAUAGCGGUACUGACAAGACGUGAUAUGAGAUCACCGACCAACAUGAUAUUGACUGGUUUAGCCGUGGCUGAUUUAUUGGUGAUGAUAGAAUACGUGCCCUACGCUAUACACCUUUAUCUUUAUCGUCGUCCAAGAAGAGACACCUUUACAUACGGCUGGGCCGUAUUCGUUUUAUUCCAUUCGAAUUUCGGUCAGGUUUGUCAUACAAUUUCGAUAUGUUUAACCGUGACACUUGCUAUUUGGCGAUACAUAGCCGUGGCACAUCCACAAAAGAAUCACGAAUGGUGUAGCCACAGGAGAACUAUAAUAGCGAUUGUCGGUGCUUAUCUCUUCUGUCCGAUACUCUGUAUACCUUUGUACAUAACAACCGAGGUAAGGUCGUACGUUGAAAUAUUGGACAAAAAUGGAAUGAACGUUAACCUGACUAACAUUCAAGAUAUUAAUUAUUCGAACUAUACGUUUAAUAAUACGACCAAUACGACCCUAUACUUCGUCAAGUUAAAGGAAACUCCUAUGGUUAAUGGUAUGCUCAAUGAAAUGAACUUUUGGAUCUACAGCGUCGUUAUCAAGUUGAUACCGUGCAUGGCACUUACCAUAUUGAGCAUCAAAUUGGUCAUUGUAUUGCUCGAGGCCAAGGAACGUAGAAAGAAAUUAACUACGACCGCUUUAAAGACGAACGACGAGAGAUUAGCAGAAAGCUCCAACGAUCAAGCGAAAAUAAAAAAGAAAAAGGCCAAUAGAAACAUGGACAAGGAGAGGCAAACGGACAGAACUACGAUGAUGUUAUUAGCAGUUUUACUAUUGUUCUUGCUCACAGAAUUGCCCCAAGGUGUACUCGGUUUGCUCAGUGUCAUAUUGGGCUCGAGCUUCUUUCAUACGUGUUACGUUAUGUUAGGUGACGUAAUAGAUAUCCUAACACUGAUAAAUUCGGCGAUAAAUUUCAUCCUUUAUUGCACGAUGAGCCGUCAAUUUCGGACAACGUUCAAACAACUUUUCUGUAGCAAGUGGAGAAAUCUUGGUAGAUGGAUGCCUAUACCACAACAUCCAAUGGAUAAUAAUGGUAACACCGGUGUUACAAAUCAUACUGUGACACAAGUCACGCAGGUCUAGCAACGAAGAAGAAACCGUCAAACAUAUUGCUAUCCGUUCUGAUAUAAUCUAAUCAACGAUUUUCUUUGAGAAUUAAAUUCACGAAAAUUAACAGGUAAAAAAUAUAAUAUAUAUAUAUAUAUAUAUAUAUAUAUAUAUAUAUAUACCUAUGUAUGAGCCGAUAAUUGAUGACA